UUUAGGCGGUAUCGGCGGGGUCGCCCUGUGCCGUGAUGUCGUCGGGGACCGCGUUGCUGGCGCUGGCCGCGCUGCUCUGCGCCGCCUCGCCGCUGGGUCCUGGCGGGGCGGCGGCGGCGGUGUGGCCCGCCUGGCUGAACGUGUCGUGGGAGGACGCGGCGGACCAGAACCGGAGCGGCUGGGAGGCGAGCGAGAGCGGCCUGUACGGGCAGGACUCGCCGUUACAGGGGGUCUCCGGUGUGCUGGUUCUGCCCGACGGCCGCGACUCCUUCAACGCCUGUAGCGCGGGCACCAACUUCAGCAGGGCCCCUGCGCCCGGCAGCGGCGGCUCCCCGGACUGGCUCGCCCUCAUCCAGCGCGGUGGCGGCUGCUCUUUCGCCGACAAGAUCCGUCUGGCCGCGGACCGCGGCGCCGCCGCCGCUGUCAUCUACAACUACCGCGGCACCGGCAACGAAGUGCUGCCCAUGUCCCACCACGGUGCCGAAAGCAUCGUUGCGAUUAUGAUUGGCAACCUGAAAGGCAUGGAGAUCUUGCACCGGAUUAACAGUGGCAUGAAAGUCACCAUGGUUAUUGAAGUGGGGAAAAGGCAAGGUCCUUGGAUGAAUCAGUACUCCAUCUUCUUCAUCUCAGUGUCAUUUUUCAUCGUCACAGCAGCAACCAUGGGCUACUUUAUAUUUUAUUCUGCUCGGAGACUCAGGAUUGCAAGAGCCCAGUCCAAGAAUCAGCGACAGCUGAAGGCCAGGGCUAAGAAGGCCAUUGAACAGUUACAGCUGCGUACCCUGAAGCAAGGGGACAAGGAAACUGGUCCUGAUGGAGAUACCUGUGUGGUGUGCAUCGAGCUGUACAAGCCAAAUGAAGUAGUGCGCAUUCUGACUUGCAAUCAUCUCUUCCACAAGAACUGUAUUGACCCCUGGCUUCUGGAACACAGGACAUGCCCCAUGUGCAAAUGUGACAUACUCAAAGUUUUGGGUGUUGAGGUGGAUGUAGAAGAAGGAGCUGAGUCUGUGCAAGCCACAAUGUCAAGUGGGACAUCAAAUGUCUCGGCAGUUAAUGAAGAGGAUAAUCAUAGUGAAACAGCAUCAUCUGGAUAUGCUUCUGUACAAGGAGCAGAUGAAUCUGUUCUGGAGGAACAUGCACCAACAGAAAAUGACAACAUGCAUCUUGUAAACAAUGAAUCCCAGCCCUCCACUGUGAAUGUCCUUCCACAUGUUGACAACCCAAGUUUUGAGGCAGAUGAAACACAAGUUCAUGAUGUCAAAACCUAAGAAUGUGCUGAGCAACGUGGUGUAAGCCUUCUGCAAGGAGCUGCCUACUGUCAUCACACGUAUACCAAACAUUGCAAGACUGUAGCAUUAAAAAUAUUGCCUUGGCAAUGUUGAGGUCAAAUGGACUUUUUCAAAUCAUAAUUGUAUGGUUUGCAGUCCUUAAAACUGCAUCUCCCAUGUGGAAUUUAGUUUAAGGACUCUUCAGAUAAAGUUGUCUUAUACAUAAAACAAAACAUCAGAUUAUAACACUAAACCAAAAGUUCCAUUUUCAACAGAGCUUCUGUUCAGUGUUUCAGUCAUUAAUAUAGGAAGGAGAUUCUUUUAUGUCAUAGCUGUCUCUACUGUUUUGACUGGUGUUUUUUUGUUGUUUAUUGCUUUAAUUCAAGUGGAUUUUCAGUGUAAACAAAUUGGUCUAAUACUUAUUUAACAGACACAGUUCAGUUUAAAACAACACUGUAUGUAGUAUUUCAGUGCACUAAUUUGAUAGGAGAAAGUAUCAACUAAUGCCUGUCAAACUGGAUUUUGCCCACAGUGUCUUCGGUUCUCUAGUAAACAGAUUGAUUCUCUACCUCUCAACUCUAACCUGCCAACCACACAUUCCUAAAGGGAAAAGAGAGCUGCAAGCUGACAGGCCAAAUAUGACUUGCACAAUACUGCAAAAGGGAACAAUUGUAGGAACUUUCCAGACCUGUUAAUAUGAGACAGACUGAAGGAUCCCCCAUGAUUUUUGGAGUUGUAACCAUCUCUAGCACCAGCAAUAUGCCAGAAUCCUGGUUUUGUGAAAAUCUGGGAUGACUUCAGGAAGGCUGAACUAAAGGUAUGCUGUGUUGUUUGGAAAGAGUAUUUUGGGAAGUGAUCCAGCCUCUAAAAAAUGCUGGACUGUUGCUAUGCAUUGUCAUGCUUGUGUGCUAAAGCUGCAGGGAGAGCUGGAGCCCUGUAAAUGUAACAGAUGAUUGGAGAAAUUGUCUGCCAUCUGUGGGGAGUUGGACUGGGGUCAAGGAGGAACACUGGGUGUUUCAGUAAGUGGAGGGCCUUGCUCAGCAAAGGUAACUAAGGACAUCUUACAGAUGCACUUUAUUAUUUUUUUUUUUUAAUCUCUAUCUAUGGCUCAUUUCUGAUGUUAGUAUAACUUUAUCUUAAAGCCUGCAAUAAAGUACUAUUGAAUCUGGAGGGGAAAAGCAAUGCAUUUUCUUUAGCAGUAGCACAAUUCAAAUGUUGUAAAUAUUUCUUGAUUUGUAUUGAAUUUGAAUAUGAGAAUGUAAAUAAAACUAUAUUUUGAUGACCCUGACUUAC